ACAAAAAUAGACAGACACAAAACACAAACCUCUCUCUGUUGUUGUUUGGCUUUUAUCUCAGUCAGUUGUUUUGUUUGGUUCUUCCUUCUUCGUCAAUCCCUUUUAGAUCUCCUAUUAGAUACUGAGUUUAAACUUAGUCAUAUUUGAGAUCCCAGUUCAACUCAGUUCGUAGGUACUAUUAUUUUGCAAUGUUGGCUUCACUUCAACGAUAAUGUCGGCUUCACUUGCUGCAUUUGAGCGUCCACGUGUCGGCACUUCCAAUACGGUUUUCAAGAGUGGGCCACUGUUUAUCUCUUCAAAAGGAUUAGGUUGGAAGUCUUGGAAAAAGCGUUGGUUCAUCCUUACACGCACAUCUCUGGUCUUUUUCAAGAAUGAUCCUAGUACGCUUCCACAGCGAGGAGGUGAAGUGAAUCUAACUUUGGGAGGAAUUGACUUGAAUAAUUCAGGGAGUGUUGUCGUUAGAGAAGAUAAAAAGCUUUUGACCGUACUGUUUCCUGAUGGACGUGAUGGGCGAGCUUUUACUCUUAAGGCAGAGACAUUGGAGGAUCUGUAUGGGUGGAAGACAGCCCUAGAGCAUGCUCUUGCACAAGCACCAAGUGCUGCUCUUGUUAUGGGACACAAUGGCAUUUUCCGGAAUGACACUAGUGAUUCUAUUGAAGGGUCUUUCCAUCAAUGGAGGGAUAAACGCCCUGUUAAAUCUUUAGUUGUUGGAAGACCGAUUUUGCUGGCCCUAGAAGAUAUAGAUGGAGGCCCAUCAUUUCUUGAAAAGGCACUAAGGUUCCUUGAGAAGUAUGGAACCAAGGUCGAAGGUAUAUUGCGACAAUCUGCAGAUGUCGAGGAAGUGGAGCGGAGAGUAAAAGAAUACGAACAAGGAAAAACUGAAUUUGUACCGGCAGAGGAUGCUCAUGUAAUUGGCGACUGCAUUAAGCAUGUGCUUCGUGAGCUGCCAUCUUCUCCUGUUCCUGCGUCCUGCUGCACUGCUUUGUUGGAAGCUUACAAAAUUGAUAGGAAAGAAGCUCGGGUUAAUGCUAUGCGCUCUGCCAUUCUUGAGACAUUUCCUGAACCAAACAGGCGCUUAUUACAGAGAAUUCUGAAGAUGAUGCAUACAAUUUCUUCACAUGCAUCUGAAAAUCGGAUGACUCCAUCUGCUGUUGCUGCUUGUAUGGCGCCGUUGCUGUUACGCCCUCUUUUAGCAGGGGAAUGUGAGUUGGAGGAUGACUUUGAUGUUAGUGGAGACAACUCUGCUCAGCUUCUUGCCGCCGCUAAUGCAGCCAAUAAUGCCCAGGCUAUCAUUACGGCACUUCUUGAGGAGUAUGAGAAUAUCUUUGAUGAAGAUAAUCUUCAUAGGUGCUCUAUUUCAGCAGAUUCUCAAAUUGUAAAUAGUGGGAGUGAAGAGUCAUCAGAUGAUGAAAAUAUGGAUAUGAAGGACAAUGGUUUUCACGAUGCAGAGAAUGAGGUUGACCCAGAUUCCGACGAUGACCGUGAGCGUGUAUUGAGUGGAAAAUUAAGCGAAAGCAGUGGCUCUGCUGCCAGUGAUCUUUAUGAUUAUAAGGGUUUCGGUGGUGAUGAUUUCGAUAUUGAGUCUCCUAGGGAUAGUCGUGUACAAGGAGUGGCAUUAAAACCAACUGUAGACACUCAGCCUCAUGCAGCUUCUGAUGUUCCCUUCAGCGAACAGCUGGAAAGAUGUGGAAAUGAGGUUGAUGGUCCUUGUGAAUUAGCUGGUAGUGAGUCUCAGCGAUCUAUGGGUGAAAUACUCUCAUCUAUGGAUCAACCUCAUGGCGUCUCUGGACCUGAUUCACGCGCAGACAAGCCUAGCAGCAAGCUAACUCCUUCUAACCUGAAUGUCAAAAGGUCAACCUUUUGGGGGAGAAGCAAUGCUAGAAAGACGCCAUCGGUGGAAUCAAUUGAUUCCUCUGGAGAGGAAGAGCUUGCUAUACAGAGACUUGAGAUUACCAAAAAUGACUUGCGCCAUAGGAUUGCAAAGGAGGCAAGAGGAAAUGCAAUCCUACAGGCGAGCUUGGAGAGACGGAAACAAGCCUUGCAUGAGCGGCGCUUGGCUCUUGAACAAGAUGUUGCAAGACUACAAGAACAGCUACAAGCUGAGAGGGAUCUAAGAGCUGCACUGGAAGUUGGUUUGAGUAUGUCCUCUGGACAAUUGUCGGGCACUUGCGGUAUGGAUUCCAAGACUAGGGCUGAGCUCGAAGAGAUAGCCCUGGCAGAAGCAGAUGUGGCUAGAUUAAAGCAGAAAGUUGCUGAGUUGCAUCAUCAACUCAAUCAGCAACGGCAGCAUCACUAUGGCUCGCUAUCUGAUGCUUGUGAGCAGUUUCAAAAUGGGCCAAACCAUAAUUCUCAAUUGAAGUAUUUCCAGCAAGAUUUUGACACAACACUGGCUUUCUGUAAUCAUGAAAGAAGACAAAGAAGUCAGGAAUUACUGGGUGCAGAUACAAGGAAUGUCAAAGGACAGGUACUGACAUCUGGGGCCAGUAGUAGGCAGCUGGCUCGGAAGCUAUUGCUAGAUUCACCCUUAAGUGAUUCCAAGAGUACUGAGGCGUCAACCAGUUUAUCCUUGGAUGAGCUCGGUGCCGUUGAUUCUCCCUGUGGGCCUUGUACUUCAAGGGCCGUUGAGCAGGCGAUGGAUUAUGGCCGACAUCCCAGAGCCGCAUCUUCCACUUUGGUAGAAUUAACAACGCGUCUUGACUUCUUCAAAGAAAGACGCUCUCAGCUGAUGGAGCAACUCCAUAACCUUGACCUAAACUACGGGUCAACAUCUCAAGAUUUUAUGUACAAACCUUCGUCUCCUCCGUGGAACUAACUGAAGAUGUUGUAUUAAACAUUUGAAGGGGCGAGCGACCUCUCACCAUUUGUACAUCCUCUGUAUCAUAGCAAUGUACUUUAUGUACUACCAGGUGUAUUUUUUUGUGUUUUUUCACCUCUUCCUGAUUUUAGUUAAGUCAACUCUAGAUCAUUCAAGUUAUACAAUUCAUUCUUAAGUUUACCAAAAAAAACUGAUAAACAUUUUUUCUGUAUAAUAUAGUAGGCAGGGCGUGUUAUGGAAUGGAGUAGAAAGGUUUUGUACUGUAAUUUGUUAAGGCAUUUCGUGAGAUGUAAAACUUCUGAAUUCUGGACUAUUUGCAUGCAAUUGACAUCAGCUUGUUUGUACCAAAAAAGAAA